CGCGCUUCCUGAGGCUGCGGGUCGUCCCCAACCUCUCGUCCGCUUCCGGCCGUGUUGACCUGACCUAAUAACCACCCGCCUGCCUGCCUGCCGCACCCGCGAGACCCGUCGUGCUCGAGGGGCACGUCCUAGAUCGGUGGCGCCUGCCUCUCGCCGCCGCUACCGGUGCCUCUCGCGGUCUCGCUCCCGCCCCCCCGCUCGCAGCGACCUUUUGUUUUUUUUUGUUUAUUAUUAGUUCCUCCUGUUGGUUCUUGGAGGGGUUUGUUGCCGUCUCCUCCUCCCCGCGGUUCUUGAGGCAUGCAGAGCCAGAUCGUGUGCCACGGGUGCAGGACCGUUCUGCUCUACCCAAGAGGUGCUCCGAGCGUGUGUUGCGCGGUAUGCCAUGCAGUCACCAAUGUGCCGCCUCCAGCAAUAGAGAUGGCUCGACUUAUAUGUGGUGGUUGCCAGACAUUAUUGAUGUAUACUCGCAGUGCAACAACUGUAAGAUGCUCAUGUUGUGACACAGUCAAUCUUGUCAGACCAGUGAGUAGCAUAGCUCAUGUGAACUGUGGCCAGUGCCAAACAGUGUUGAUGUAUCCAUAUGGAGCACCGUCUGUCAAAUGUGCUAUUUGCAACUUCAUUACAAAUGUUGGCGGGGUGACUCCGGUGAGACCUUUGCCACCUGCACUACCUGCAUCAAGUGGAAAUUCAUAUAGCAUCCCGUCAACUUCUGUGCCAAUGAAUCAAUCGCAGAAUGUAACUGUUGUUGUUGAAAACCCAAUGACAGUAGAUGACAAGGGAAAAUUGGUGAGCAAUGUUGUAGUAGGGGUUACAAGUGGUGGGAAAAAGUAACAUAUCACAACCUGUGUAACUUUGUUUAUUAUGUUUAAAAUAUCUGAAAAGGUUUAAGAAUACCAUGUAUCAUACUGCUGUUUGGCGAUCGGCUGCUCGACGAAGGAAUCCCUCCCUGAAGAGCAUAGUGGCAAAGCACGCGGCUUUCGCCAUUGCGAUCGUGCUAGAACGAGCGAAAACGAAGUGCGGGUGUGGAUGGAUACUCAGAAACUGUAGCUUGUUACCCUUGAUUCUUUUGUAUGUAAUAUGGGCUCUCCCAGAAUUUCCACUGUGUGAUCAAAUUCCAAGCCCGUGGGGCUCUUGCUGCCUUGUUAUUAGUGAAUAACGACAGAAAAAACAUUGCAAAUGUGGCUCUUGAAAUACAGUGUGUUUUUAUGUCU